AUGGAUCCUAAAGAAAUUAUGAGUCUUACUAGCCCAGUGCCUGCUGCACCCACAUCGAAAAUGAAAGGGGUGCACUCCAUGCCUCCCAGCAAUAGCGGCAAUAUAUUCUCCUUCCACCACUAUGGUAGUACACACAAGUCGAUACGGAAAAAGUUGUCAGUAGAUAGUCACAGAAAUUCUAAGCCGCAACUUACACCGCCACCUCUUCGGGAAGUGCUGACGUAUGAUGAUGACAAUUUCAGUAACGUCCGACUGUCAUUUCUACAAUACGCUAAGAACAAAGCCUUUGAGGAGAACGUGUUGUUUCUGUUGGAUUUUGAACGUCUGCUCGGCGAUGGAAUACUGUGUGACGAUGGUGUGGUAGUGAAACGGUACCUGUGGUACAGGCUGAGUGUUUGCCACGAUCAUAUUAUGCGCAAUCAAGAAGCAAGGGCCGUGCGGCUGUUGGCGGUUAUCUGUUGGCGGUUAUCUGCAGGGCAGAACACACACAUAACGUUGGAGCAUGCUGCGCAGAGCGAUUACGAGAAGCUCUUCAGCAACUUGAGCCGAGUGGCGAAGCAGAUAUUCAAUAUACUUGAAGUGGGGACGUACGCUAAGUUCCUGGAAGAGUAUGAUGCCAACGCAAGUUGCCCCGACGCUCUCCAGGACGCCUCGUCAUCACGCAAGCUGCAGCUGCGACUGCUGAAUUCCUUCGGCUCCGCUGAGAGUGACCAGUCCACCAGCACGCAGUCGAGCGUCAACCGGCGUAGCAGCACACGCAGCAACCGCAGCGGCCACUCUCCUAUGGUCAGUAGUAAGUCCUCCCCUACCCAGUUGGGUGGCGCUGAGGACUCUGGGAUACUCCACAACACGAGUGUGAGCCCUCGUGCUCGCACCCACGCUAGCACGGGGUCGGGUGCGUACGCCAAGUUCAGAUCGAAAUCGUCGGUGCACGUGCGCGGUAGUAAUAAAGAGGGUGGGCCUACGGACAGCAGGCGGUCGUCCCGGCGGAGCGCCAGCACCACCGGCGCCAGUGCGAACGCCGGCUCCGCGGCGCCAGAUAAGACCACGAUGCAACGGACGGGAAGUAUCUCCAAGGUGUGCAGUGUGUGCAUGUCCCUAUUAUCCUCUCGCUUGGGACAUUCGUCCACCACAUCCGGGGCAACAAGCUCGGAGGCGGUGGACCCUAGCCGGGUGGUGGGACCGGUGGCCACGACCCCGGGUAUGAGUGCGGCACUCAAUACACGUGCACACUCAGCCGCGUGCACGCACUCGUUGGAGCGCUCACCGGAGUUUAUGAGGAAUGGCAAAGAGGGGGGGGUGCCCAUUGCCAUGUCUGGCCGGUGUGUCAAGCACCAGCUGCUGCAGCAGUCUAAGUCGCACACGGGUACAUCGGAGAGCGCGAGACUCGAGUCCAUCAUGGGGACGGACGAUCCCGCGCUCAGCUCUGAGGAGAGUGACGCGGAGAGUGACGAUGCGACUGGCAGCGCUACGGAGGAUGUGUAUCAUAGUACUGAGGAUACGGGACCUGGUACUAAUAGCGGGGAGAGUGGGGGAGAGUGGUUGAGUGCACAGACUGAGAGCAGGCGUAGCCGGUGGCUGCCGUUAGGGAGAAGCCUCACCCCCAGCGCUCUGCGCACAGCGGCGGACGGGAUUGCAGACAUGGCCCUGCAUUCGGUGUCGCACGAUACGCAGGCGAAUAAGAACAGAGUCGGUGAGGGUAAGGGACAUUGUAACAAGCCGUGCUGCAAGAAGAAAGGCAAGGCUACCAAGAGUGUCAGGCGGCAGCAUAGCUCUGGGGCGAAGUGCAGAGGCGAUGAGCGUGCGGAGAACAUAUCGGACCCAGCGUCAGUAUCGGGAUCAAGUACCAUAGACGAGAGUGGUACACAUCCCGCACACCCACGGAACAAGGUGGAGCGGACCAGGAGCAACGCCAGUGCAAGCUCUAGUGGGAUGUUCGCGUGGCUUAGGAACACCUCGGGCAUCAGCUACAGCCGCCGAGGCAGCGCAGCAGACAACAGUGUAGAGAGCGGACCCAGUCCCAGCGAAGCGAGCUCAGAAUGGGACGGCCAUCCGGAGUCACGGCGGAAGAGUCCCAAAAGCGGUGCUAAAACCCCCAAACUGGGUGCGAUCAAGUCACACACACCCGUACUGGGCAGUGCUCAGUCCUCGCCUAAAUUGACGGGAAAUUCUCCGCUGAGAAGGUCUAGUACUAUGGAAGGUACGUAUGGCAUGUCUAGGAAUCGGGGCCGGCAAAGCUCGCCCGAGAGAGUUUGGGAAGCCUCUCCCAGGCAACUUGCUGUGGCUGAUAGAAAACGCUCGAAUGAUGCCGGUAGGCCCCUUCUGUUGCCAGGCAACGCACACAGUGCCCACGAUGACAGGAGUAGCAAGUGUGCGAGUCCUGACACCGGACCAUUCGAUGGCUGUGACACCUUGGACGAGUGUCACAACGUGUCAAAACACACCGCAGCAGAACGUACAGCGCGCACGAACGCCGCACCUGCCAGCACUGGCGCGCCUCAAAAAGAGACGCGCGAGCUUGGCGCGGAUGUGCGGUCGGAAUGUGCGCUGCACGGGUCCACGUACAAUUAUGUGUGUGUGGCGGCGCAACUGCUGGCCACGAGCAGGGAAUCACGCGGUACCAAGCAACAGGUAUCAGCGGGGGAGGAUUUGGACGCACGCUGCUUUACAGGCGUAGAGCCGGGCUGUCAGAAGCGACGGGGCAGGAGCGUGCCGAGUAUUGCUGACCCGUAUUUAGUGGAUAGCCUUGAGUUCAGGACUGCGAGCGCAGACGGUACGGAUACGAGUGUGGCGACGGGUGCGACGAGUGCGACAGUCGAUGCGCAAGGGACAGGCCCACAAGGCAACGGGCCAGCGCAGUCUGUGUACACAACCGAGAUAGAGGCGCAUCUGCAGCAGCAACAGCAACAGCACAAGCACAGUGAUCCAGGCCUGAGAAUAUCUGUGCAGGCGGCAUCGGAUGAGCGGGUAUAUCCGGGGCCAAGCGAUGUACACGGCCACUCACACGCACAGCCAGAGACACAGGUGAACCGACAUGAGCCUCAAUGCACCUGUCACGGGCAGACGGCCGCUGACGGUGAAGGGAAAGACGUACAAACGGCUAAGGGCUCUGGAUUGUGCACUUGUUUCCAAUCGAAGCAUACCGCAGAGGAUCGGGAUUUAAAGCGGGACGCAAAUCGGGAUCGGCAAACGAAUUUGGAUCUCGAGCCUCCACUGGAUCAUCCAGAUCAAGAACGGCCGCAAAGUAAACUCAGAAUGAUUCUGGAAGCCACGACGAAGCCAUGGCGGUGA